AUGAAGAAGUGCAACUUAAAUGCAGAGGAUAGGCCUGACAUUGUUUGUCGGGUCUUUCAAAUGAAGUUGGAUUCAUUGGUUAAGGAGAUACGCACGGGAAAUCUCUUUGGUGUCGUAAUUGCAGUUGUUUAUACUAUUGAAUUCCAGAAGCGUGGUUUACCACAUGCACACAUUCUUAUCUUCCUAGAAAGAACCACUACAUUGUCUACAGCAUCAUGCAUGGACAGUUUCAUUUCUACUGAAAUUCCAGACAAAGAAGUUGACAAAGAGUAUUACAAUGCUAUGGAAGAGUUUAUGAUUCAUGGACCAUGUGGACUUUACAAACCUAACUCGCCAUGUAUGGUGAACAAGAAAUGUUCAAAACACUUCCCGAAGAGAUUUGUGGGUGUAUCUUCUUGGGACGAUGAUGGCUACCCAAUCUACCGUCGUCGUGACAAUGGUAGGACUGUCCUGAAGAAUGGUGUCCAAUUAGAUAGUAGGCCAACAAUAAGUCAUAGCAUGUUCACUGCUUGGUUUGACGCUAACAAGACAUAUGAGGCUGCUAAACAGUUAGCUUACAUUGACAUGCCAACGAAGUUUGUGUGGAAGAAAGACCUCAGACAGUGGCAUCCAAGGAAAAGGGGAUUCUCAAUUGGUCGGAUAUUUUACGUGCCUCCAGGAAGCGUAUGGCACUACUUAGCUGAGGAUGCACAAUAUAACAGGCGGUUAACAAUGCAGGAUGAAGGUUUGUGCUUAUCUGAUGAAGAAAAGAAGAAUUUCGCAUUGAUUGAAAUAGAGCGAUUGUUACAAACCUACAAUAAGUCUUUAAAAGACUUUCCUCAUAUGCCACUUCCAAACUUUCAAGACGCAUUUCUGGUUGACAAUCGCCUGCUAUUCGAUGAACUGUCGUAUGAUUGCAAUGUACACCAUGAAAGCCAACAAAUGGAAAGGCAAUUAAUUGAUGAACAAAAAGUUGUUUAUGAUACAAUCAUAAACGAUGUCUUGCAACAACAUGGUGGUAUGUAUUUUGUGUAUGGAUAUGGUGGUACAGGGAAAACAUUUGUGUGGAAGGCAAUUUCGGCAAAGAUCAGAUCAAAGGGAGACAUUGUAUUAAAUGUUGCAUCAAGUGGUAUCGCCUCAUUGCUAUUACCAGGUGGAAGAACAGCCCACUCGCGGUUUGCAAUUCCCAUUGUUUUGAAUGAAGAUUCUACGUGCAACAUUACUCAAGGAAGCCAUCUUGCUGAACUUAUUACCAUGGCAAAGCUAAUUAUAUGGGAUGAAGCACCCAUGAUGCACAAACACUGCUUCGAAGCUCUUGAUAGAACAAUGCGCGAUAUCAUGAGGUUUAAAGAUGCGCUCAGUCAGAGUAAAACAUUUGGAGGUAAGACAGUUGUAUUUGGGGGUGAUUUCAGACAGAUUCUUCCAGUGAUCCCAAAAGGGUCAAGGCAAGAUAUUGUUCAAGCAACAAUAAACUCUUCUUACUUGUGGGAAUCAUGCAAAGUAUUGAGGUUAACAAAGAAUCUCCGUCUUAAUACACGGGAACCUGGAGUGAAUAUGCAACAAGUUCAAGAGUUCGCAACUUGGUUAGCGGAAAUUGGUGAUGGUCAAUUGGGAGGACCCAAUGAUGGAUAUUCAGACGUCGAAAUCCCUUUGGAGAUGUUAUUGUCAUCCCGUGGUGACAAUAUAGCAACAAUUGUUGACAGUAUCUUUCCCAUGUUUAAGGAAUUAUCGUGUCACAAUGAAUACAUGAAAAGUCGAGCAAUUCUGGCGCCCACGCUUGAUGUAGUCCAUUCAAUUAAUGAAUAUAUGAGUGACAUGCAUAUUGCUGAGAGCAAGACUUACCUAAGUUGCGACACAGUCUGUAGCUCUGAUUCAAGUAAUGGGAUGUUAGCUGACAUGCACACUCCGGAAUUUCUCAAUGGUCUUAAAGCUUCAGGAAUAUCUAACCAUACGUUGACUUUAAAGGUGGGAUCUCUUGUAAUGCUUUUGAGGAACAUAGAUCAUUCACUUGGACUAUGUAAUGGAACAAGGCUGGUCAUUACAAGGUUAUCAGAUCAUGUAGUUGAAGCAAAGAUCGUUUCUGGGAACAAUGCUGGUGAAAUAGUACUCAUUCCAAGAAUGUCCAUGACACCUACUGAUAUACGAUUGCCGUUUAAAUUUCAAAGAAGAUAA